AUGGCCGACGUGAAGCCACCCACGGAGCCCGUUGGCGCCGCUGGGACCACAGCAGCUGCUGCGAAUGGCCCUUCUACCGCCCCCACGGCCGCUGCGAAAACAGCGCGCCCCCAGGGCAACCCGGCUCUUCGGAUGAUGGGCAUCCCCAUGCUCCCUAAGAAGCUUCCCUCGCGCAACUGGAUGAUCUUCUGGGCGCUCACCACUGGUCUAUCCGCCGCUAUAAUCUAUGAUAAGCGUGAGAAGAACCGCGCUACGGCAAAAUGGACGCGCGCCGUCGCCCACCUCGCCCAAGAACCCCUCGGGAAUCCCAACCAGAUGCCCCGAAAGAUUACCGUCUUCCUCGAGAGCCCCCUGGCGACGGCCUGCAGGAAGGCGCACGAGCGGCCCGAGGAAGACAUUCUUCCAACGAAUGACAAAACAAUCUUGGAGUCUAGGAAGCGAAGCGGUAUCGCCGAAUACGAAGGCAUCAAGGGCGACCUUGUUGUUGGCAGACACACUUGGAAGGACUCUGAAGCCAUCACUCCGGUCAAGGUGGAUGAUCUGACUCCUCCUACUACCGGCCAGGGCGAGGAGAACGCGCCAGCGAUCAGCAGUGAUUCACAGAAGGAGGAAGAGAAGAAAGAAGAGGAGAAGAAGGACGAGGAACAGAAGCCCAAACGCCCUCCUCAGCCGCCCUCAUAUAAUACCACGGCAGACUACGAGAGUGCGGGCCUUCCGUUUCACAUCCCCCACGAAUUCAGCCCCUCCGCGGCGGUCGAAUUUCCUCACGUCCUCGGCUUCACCAGCACCCCAAAGCGAUUUGGAUGGUUCCUUAAUCGUCGCAAGCUAGCCGACAGCAUUGGCCGCGAAGUUGCGGCCGUUUGCUUCGCCGUAUCGGCCGAUUGGCCAGAGGACGGCUCAGGCGAGUACCCCCAGGUCAAGCUCCUCGAGCAUGAAGAGCGUAAUUGGGUCAAGAGCGUGUGGAAGGAGGAGAAGGAGGACAAGGACAAGACGGGCGAUGAGGCUGUCAAGACCGUGGUCGAACGCCCCAAGGAGAAGAUCUGGCCCGUCCCCAUCGUGACGGACCCUCGCAUCAUGUCCCGGAUGAGGAAGUUUGAGCUUCUUUCUGAGCAUGAAGCCAUAGCAAAAGGAGUCGUGGUCCCCGAGGAGGAGAUUGAGGGCUGGAUCAAGGGAAGUUUCCGCCAACUUUUCCGAUGGGGCGCCUCCCAGUGGCAGGGCAAGCACUGGGAGCCUAAGGUGGGAGACACCUCGGACGAAUAG